GCUAGACUCGUCGUAAGGCUGUGACUACACCUUGGCUCUUCAUUCGCUUUCCUCCACACGCUCACCUUCGCGUGGAAUUUGUCGAGAGCCGGACCCCUGCAAUGAGCGUCACCGCACCGACCAAAAUCGCCCAUGCCAUCGAGCAGAUCCAGCGUCCGCGAGCGACAGACAUCGACUUCACACAGUACGUUCUGGAGGAUGGAACGUCUAUAAGCACGCAGGAGCGUGUUAUCAAGGAUGUCCAGGCACCCUCCCCUGGUGUGCCUACCGAAGCUCAGUUCUUCUCCUCAACCGAUCCCACCAAACCCGACAUCGCGUUCCUGAAAAACCACUUCUACCGGGAGGGCCGUCUGACGGAGGAUCAGGCGCUGUACAUUCUCGCCAAAGCGACGGAGAUCCUGCGGCAAGAGCCCAACGUUCUGAACGUCGAUGCACCGAUAACAGUUUGCGGCGAUAUCCACGGACAAUAUUAUGACUUGAUGAAGCUCUUUGAAGUGGGAGGAAGUCCCGCGGAUACUCGGUAUCUAUUCUUGGGCGAUUACGUCGAUCGGGGUUACUUCAGUAUCGAGUGUGUCCUGUACCUCUGGUCGCUGAAGAUCUGGUACCCGGAAACUCUCUUCUUGCUGCGCGGUAACCACGAAUGCCGGCACUUGACUGACUAUUUCACAUUCAAGCUGGAGUGCAAACAUAAGUAUUCUGAGCGCAUAUACGAUGCAUGCAUGGACUCUUUCUGUUGUUUGCCCCUGGCCGCUGUCAUGAACAAACAGUUCUUGUGCAUACACGGUGGUCUCUCCCCCGAACUAAACACCUUGGACGACAUCCGCGCGAUUGACCGUUUCCGGGAACCGCCGACGCAGGGCCUUAUGUGUGAUAUCUUGUGGGCCGACCCCGUGGAGGAUUUUGGGUCCGAGAAGACGACAGAUAACUUUUUGCACAAUCACGUACGGGGCUGCUCGUACUUCUUCACUUAUCAGGCUGCGUGCCAGUUCCUCGAACGGAAUAACCUGCUUUCGAUCAUUCGCGCUCAUGAGGCUCAGGACGCAGGUUAUCGGAUGUACCGCAAGACCAAGACGACAGGCUUCCCGUCGGUGAUGACGAUUUUCUCGGCGCCAAACUAUCUGGAUGUGUACAACAACAAAGCUGCGGUGCUCAAGUACGAAAGCAAUGUGAUGAACAUCCGUCAAUUCAAUUGCACUCCUCAUCCGUACUGGCUACCGAACUUUAUGGACGUCUUCACAUGGAGCCUUCCUUUCGUGGGAGAAAAGAUUACUGACAUGCUGGUCGCGGUCCUGAACACCUGCACCAAGGAAGAACUGGAAGAGGAGGAGGAGGAGAUGACGUUGGCUUCGCCGGCGUCGCCGACGUCUCCAGAGAGCCUUGAGCGACGCAAGGUGAUCAAGAACAAGAUCAUGGCUGUGGGUCGCAUGGCACGAGUCUUUGCCUUGCUGCGUGAGGAGUCUGAAAAGGUCUCCGAGCUCAAGAGUGUUUCUGGAUCGAACAAGCUGCCGUAUGGCACGCUGGCGUCGGGUUCAGAGGGAAUCAAGGAAGCAAUCAGCAGCUUUGAUGACGCACGCAAAUCCGACAUUGAAAACGAGCGACUGCCCCCAGACCUAUUCGAUGCCUCAUCAGACGAGGGCAAGGCCAUACUGUCUGGUUCAUCAUCAUCCUCUGUGCCAUCCACUCCUCUGGACAGCGAGCCUAUUGGCUCAGAAGCGAUGAGCCCCGCCUCGCUGGAGGCUGCUCUUGAGCAGCAGCAGAAGCCACCCCUAGCACUCAACACAUCCUCUCCUGUGUUGGGCACCGGUGCCAGCAUCGGCUCGCCUGUGGCCAGCCCAUCUUCGCAAGCGCCGCCGUCACCGACGAUGGCUCAGCCGUUCCGCCGGGCCCAUGGCCGACAGGCCAGCUUGGGUACGACAAUGACCAGCCCGAGUACCCGUCGCCGCAGUCUGGAGAGCACGAUGAGCCUGAUUCAGGGAGUCUGGGACGGGCAGAGUCCCAUCCCGGAGGAAACGCCUGCGGUUGCUGACGUCGAUGGGCUUGCGGGUAAGCUUGCGGGCAGCACCGUAGAUGCAGUUCAGAAGUGAAAUAGUCAAUUGUCGUUGGCGUGUACAUACCUACUUAUAUAGCUCCGGAUAUUCUCACUUUCUCUUCUCCUGAUGUCAUACUCAAUACUCAUGUCACGAUCAGGUGCUUCGUAGUGACGAGCGUAUCUUUCCCCACAACCACUUUGUCCCGAGUUUUUUUUGCCUCUUGUGUAGCAUGUUUUUGCACGCGAUUGAUUGAAGGCACCCUGACUGCAUAGAUGGAGACUUGAAAACUGACAACUAUGGUGAUCCUGAUCAUGAUGGUAAAUUCCGUCUUUCGUCUGUGCAUCCCCAACCAUGUUUCUCUUCACCGUCGCUCUCUCAAUCCUUUCUAUCUUUCUCAGUGGUGUCUCGGGGGCACUGAACGUCACGAUCGACGACACCGAUCAGUCUAUCAUAUACACCGGCGCCGGCGAGCGUGCCAAGCCCUGUAUCUUCAACGGAACUCAAUUCGCGGGCGGCCAGCCGGGGUGCUUCCUCAAUGGGCCCGAGCCGUGCUCGACUGGGGCGCGCCUUAUUUCCUCCCAGUCGGGCUCGCUCUCGAUGAAGUUCAAUGGCACCGCGAUCUACCUGAACGCGCUCCUGAACGACAUCAGCAACGUGUAUACCGUCUCGCUCGACGGAAACUCCAAGGACGUUGACGGGGUGCGGCCCGGCGGCGCGCUGGGGUGCCACACACUGGCGUCGUUCGCGGGGCUCGAUCCCAGUGCGGAGCACACCAUCGGCCUCAGCAUCAAGGGCCUGGCGGACGACCGGAACAGGACGCACGGGAACGCCAGCGAAUUCUUCUUCUGGCUGGACAACUUCGUGUGAGUUGCAUAUAUCCCAGUGUGUUGCAUGGCGCUCUGUCCCCGGUUCUCAUGAUGCUGGUGCUAGGAUCACGGUUCCCGAUAACACGACCGCGACGGUUGUGUCGAGUUCUUCAGUGGUGGCAUCAUCUGCAUCUGCGUCUACGGCAACUCCUAGUGCCACGAGCGCAGGGCUCAGCACCCACGCUCACACCCUUUGCAUCAUUGGAGUUGCAACUUUGGUCAUUGGGCUUGUGGGUUUCUAGUUAUUUACUGUUUAUUGUCUCUCCUGUCUUUAUCGCACCAAGUACUGGAUAUGAUCUAGAUUCAUGCUGUAUCAUUCUUUCCAUCAAUGUCCACUUGUUCUUGUGAGGA